UGAGAAAUUGCUAUAAAAUGUGGGGAUCUUAUUUUUCUUUGCUGCUGCUUUAUCUACCAUUUGUUAUAGCCCUUGACAUGAAUGUCUCUAUAUCAAAAACUUGGGAUGAUAGACCAGUAGAUCAUGAAAGUACUGUUUUAAGAAUUCACUCUGAAGAUGAUGCUGUGUACAUGGAAAUAAAAGCCCCAUUUUUUGAUGAUCAACCCACCCCUACCGGGCCUGGUAAAUCCUUCAACAAACUCUGGGAUUAUGAAGUUGUUGAAGCAUUUUUCCUUGGAAAAGAUGAAAAGUACCUUGAAUUGGAGUUUUCUCCACAUGGAUAUCAUUUAGUUUUACUUCUCUCAGGAAGAAAAAAGGCAAUUAAAAUAUGCUUGCCCGUGGACUAUACAGCCCAGAUUAAAGGAAAUAGUUGGACUGGCGUCGCUAAAAUACCUAAGUCAUAUUUCCCACCAAAUGUCACUCAUUUCAAUGCAUACGCUAUUCAUGGUACUGGUGACGGCAGAACUUAUGAAGCAUUAUUUCCUGUGCCAACUGGCCAAUUCAAAACUCCAGAUUUCCAUAGGUUGGAAUUCUUCCACUAUAUAAACUUUGAGAACAUUUUGGGUCUCGGAAAUACGCUUUCAGAUGUAUGGAAGACAGCUCUUGAAGAAAAAGAUUAUGGAAAAUGCGAUAAUGAGAAAUGAACAGACAAAUUCCUGUCAACUAUUUAAAACUGGACUGUACUAAAGAUACUUCAGACUCGGUGCAUUCCAUGUCAGACAUUAUUACAUUGCCCCUUCUAGAAGUUCCUCUUUGGAUUUUGUACAAUUAUUUCUUAUAGUAAUAAAAAAUUAAUUAAUUAA